UAUAGUGAAUAUAGAAAAAAAAAUAAAUUUCUUAGGAAAAUAAAAAAAUAAAGCCCUUAUAAAUUUAAUAAUAAUGGAAAGUCAAACAAUGAUUUUUACCAACAGUCCGUAUACUACACCACCUAUACCGUCGACGUUUUAUGCAUCAUAUCACACCCCGCCAUAUACAUUCAACUACAGUGCGUGGCCGGAGGCAGCAUAUCAGCCAUUUAGCAUGAACGAGGAUGUUUUACAAAUGCAACAACAGUUGAGAUUCCCAACACCCCCCAUCACCCCUCCCAGAGGCUAUAAUUACACAACUGCAGAACCUGCACAAGAACCAGCCGAACAUCAACCUAAAACUCAACAACAACGUACACAAUCGGUUAUUAUGAAAGUUGGUCAUGAUCAAAACCCACAAUAUCUACCAGCCGAUUUAUCUUGUGACACCUUAGCGGAGGAGAACAAACAUGACCAUUCUGGACUUCAUGAUCAUCAUCUUCAUCAACUACAACAACAGCAACAAUUACAUAAUGACACUCCCAGCAGUGGAACCUCAUCACCCACCUCACACAAUGAAUUUAUUUGCGAUUGGAUAGAUUGUGGCAGAUACUUUGAAAGUCUAGAGUUAUUAGCGCACCAUGUAACCCUAAUACACGCCGUGGCCUCAUUAACCGAUGGCCUCUAUUAUUGCCGGUGGUCGGGAUGCCAGCGCACUGAACGAGGAUUUAAUGCUCGCUACAAAAUGUUGGUCCAUGUACGUACUCAUACCAAGGAAAAGCCUCACCAGUGUCAUUUAUGUGACAAACGCUUUUCAAGGGCUGAGAAUCUUAAGAUCCACAUACGUUCUCAUUCUGGUGAAAAGCCCUACAUAUGCACCUUUGAAGGCUGCAACAAAGCCUACUCAAACUCUUCAGAUCGUUUCAAACACACACGUACCCACUCUAUGGAAAAACCUUACAUGUGCAAAGUUCCUGGCUGCCAGAAACGCUACACAGACCCUUCCUCCUUACGUAAGCAUGUGAAAACGUUUAAGCACUCGAUACAAAUUGUGGAUUUCAAGGCUUCAGCUAAUAUUCAACAACCAACAUCCUUCAACAAAAAUGUAGAAGAAGAAUCUCGUUUUUCAUCCCUGGAAUCAGGACACAAAUAUCCCUCACACCUCAGCUUACCAAUUGCAUCUACAGCUACAACUCAGGAUUCAUUUUGCAUGGCUAUGGAAGAAAUGUGUCACAUAAAAGCAACUCUCAAUUGUUACUCUGCUCCCAUGUCGACUCCAGCCGACCAGGAAUCAUAUUGGUUGCAAGAAGAACCCGAAACAAAAGACUCCCUCCUUCAUUAUCAUCAUCACCCAUCAGCGUAUCAGCGAGUUGCCGAUUACACUAUGCAAUUAGAUUUAACUACAGAUAAGCCACUCGAUCUUCGAGUCAAACGUUGUUGAAUAAAUCAGUGAGCGCUCUGAAUUUUUGCAGAGAUCAGAGAGUUGCAAGAGUAUUAUUAAGAAUUUGCACACCUAUAACAUGAGCCAUUAUAAAUUCUAGUCUGACUUUAGUCUUCCUACUUAGAUUUAUUAUUAUUAUUAUUUUGUUUUCUUUUAAUAAUUAUUUUAUUAUUUUUUUAAGUAUAAAUUCAAUAAAAAUUUCUUUUUGUUCUUUAGAAAAUAAGGAAUGCUAAAUACAAAAAACUACUAUUUUGCACUCAUUCAAGAAA